GCUUAUGACUGUUCAAUGUACAGUGAUUCAAUUUUUAUAUUCAACCUUAGGAUGCUGACUUUUUCUUAAUCUGAGAAACCUAAAAAAGUAAAAUCUUGAUUUGAUCUUCAACCAAAUACUAACAUUUUUGAUCAAGAAAUUAAUGGGUUCAUUCAAGGGGCAUGUCGUACCAGGAUCAUUAUUCUUAUUGGUAGGAGUGUGGCAUGUGUGGUGCUCUCUGGUGCGAUAUGUUUCAAAUCCAAAGAGCUUCCGAGUUAGGGUUUGGAACCCUGUUCCCGGUUUCAAGUAUUUGGAGCUUUAUGUGGUCGCAAUUGGUGCCUUCAUUGAUCUCUGCAUCGAGCUCCUCUACUCUACCCACCUUAAGUUUUUCGUCAAUGGAGUGUUGAAUCCUUCUCACAUGAAUGAUUUUGAGCACUCUGGAAUGCUUCUCAUGUUCUUUUUAUUCGGCCUUGUUUCUUUACUCUCCGAGAAAACCAGGUAUUUAGUGCUGCCGGAAGGAGCCCUUUGCUUGGUUGCCACGAGUGCAUUUUGUGCCGAGUAUUUACUGUUUUACUUCCACUCAACAAGUCAUAAGGGACUCGAAGGGUACUAUCAUCUCCUCCUUGUCCUCCUAGUAGCACUCUGCAUUUUAUCAACUCUUGCCGGGGUUCUCCUCCCUACCAGCUUUCCUGCUGAUUUGACCUCUGCCAUUGCCUUAACUCUCCAAGGCCUUUGGUUCUAUCAGACUGCCUUCACCUUAUAUGGACCCAUGAUGCCCGAUGGCUGCCAGCUUAAGAAUGACCACAUUACAUGUCGAUCUGUGGCUAGUGAGGUUCGAGGAGAGCUGCUCGCUAACUUUCAGCUCUUUGCCUUGCUCCUUGGUGUCCUUGUCGCAGUCGCGCUAUCAUAUGUUUUUGUAGAAUCUAAAUAUGGCCAUUAUGAAGUUUCAAGCUUGCAAGUGGUUCAGGUUCAGGAUGGAGUGGAUAAAAGUUAACCUUGGGGACGUGUCUGCUAUUUGAGAAAUGUAUUUAGGCGCACUGACACGUUGAUACUGACGCACCAUGCAAGCUGACGCAAGCUGACGCAAGCUGAUGUGUCGCUCUCUCAGUGAAAGGGUACAAAUGAAUUUAUUUUUGUUCUUUUAUGUGCUGAUGAAAUUUAUGGUUGCAGGGUCUAUUUUUGUGAAAUGGAGAAAAAAUGGUUGAAAUUUGAGAUUAGGCUACAUAUUGCAAAAUCAGAAAGUUUAGGAUUUGUUUCAUAACGUUUUAAAUGUUAGCUUAAAUCGCUAAAAAAAUUAAACAUUAAAAUUUGUUUUGCCAAUAACCCUUAAUAAUAUUUGUAAUUUUUUUUAAGUAUACCUUUUUAUAUGGAAACCUCUUUUUAUAAAUAGGUUAUUUUAUCUUGGGUUAA